CUUUUAUCUUAUAAUAGCUCCUCUUAGAGCUUAAAUUCCAUCAACAUUGUCUUUCUUAUUCAAAUUGUCGAGAAAAUAUGAAGUCAUCCCUUAAGAUUGCGCUUGUCUUAGCCGUUCUCAUGGCCCUUCUCAUCACUCUUUCCUCGGCACAAACCAAAAAAGAGAAUAAGAAAAACGAUAAGAAAAGUGAAGAAUUAGAAAGAUUUGAUUCCUAUAAAGGGUCGAGUAAGUUUCUCAAUUCAAAGAAAAAACAUCCAUUUAGCCCAUACAAAGUGAUUGGUGGUACUUAUGGUGCACGUGUCCGUUUGACAUGUGAUAAGUUCCCUAGGGUUUGUCAUACUAAAGGAAGUCCAGGCCGCGAUUGUUGUGGUAAGAGGUGUGUUAAUGUCAAAACCGAUAACCUAAAUUGUGGAAUGUGUGGACGAAAAUGCAGAUUUCCUGAGGUUUGUUGCAAUGGGAGAUGUAUUAACCUUUGGUAUGAUAGAAAGAAUUGUGGGGCUUGCAAGAACAAAUGCAAGAAAGGGAGCUUUUGCUACUAUGGCAUGUGUAGCUAUGCUUAAAAUGAUACAAGCAUAUAUGAAGAAGAUGAGGGCUAAUUAUCAAACACAACUAUAUCCUAGCUACAUAUCAUAUUUUGGUAAAGAAUAUGGAUGCAUAUAAUUAAUUAAUUAAGUUUUGAUUAAUGUUCAUAAUUUUCAUACAUGUUGGAUAUUAAUUGAUUUGUUAAAUUGCUUGGAGCCAAUAAAGGUGAUCGAUCGAGCUAUUCUGGCUAUUAGCUAGGUUGGUGGAAGCUCUAGCAAAUAAUUAAGAUUGGUUAUAUUCUUUUUUCAGUUGUAUUUACUUUAUUAUAUUAUAUACUAUGAAUUAAUUAAAUAAAUUUUUUAUGUAUACUAUAGUUAACUAUAUUCUGUUAAUGAAGUGUUGUUCAGUGUGAUGUGUACUUGGUUAAGUAAUAAAGUACUUCAUUUUUUUUAUUUUA